CUGGCCUUAAUUUUGUGGGUUAAAUUUUUUACUGUCCACAUGCAAUAAUGUGGACUGGAUACUAGGCCAUUCCUUCCAGAAGUAUGUCUGGAAACUUCAGCCUCAACUCAACUCAACAAAAGGGGAAAAGAAGAAUCAGAUGAGACCACGAGGCUUUACUGAGGUCACCGAACACAUGCAACCAAGCGCUUCCAGAAUCAUUUCCACGGCAAAGAGGCAGAUCACAAUCUCUCCCAAAACGUCUAAUGCUGCUGUGGGGGAAACCACAGAUGUAAUCUUUCACGCUCGUCCCAGGAGAAAAAACAUUUUCCCCGCUUUAGGCAACACCGUUCAAGCCGAAGGGGUCCCCUGCUGCUGGGUUUCAUCACAAUUUCACUCGGCCUCCCACAGAGAGAAUAACAACCCCACAGAUAUCAGGGAAAAGCAAACUAAACCAUGAAACCAUCACAGAUUUUGACUAUACUAUCUCUGUAUUUGCUCUCUGGAGCUCUGGUACUUUCUCAAGAGUCUGAAAAGGAUUAUAACGAUUACGACAUAGAUGACAACACGUUGCCUGAAGUUCCUCGACUUUCUGUAACUCAACAACCUGAUUACGAUGCCCAAAUAAUGUUUUCAUAUGAAUGUGCCACAGAGUGUUUCUGCCCAUCAUCCUAUCCAUUUGCCAUGUAUUGCGACGACCGAGAACUCAAGGCGGUUCCCAACAUCCCAAGACACGUCCGCCACUUGUACAUUCAGCAUAACGACAUAGAGGAGAUAACUUCAAAGUCUUUCAUUAAUGCCUCAUCCCUGAGGGAAAUAAACUUCAGCUACAAUAAGCUGCAGUCAUCUAAGGUGGAUAAAGAUGUCUUCAAUAUACUCAAAGAACUCAUUCAGUUACACCUUGAGCAUAAUAAUCUGGAAGACAUCCCUUCUCCUCUGCCAAAAACCCUUAAAAGGCUUAAUUUGAGCUUCAAUAAAAUUUCAAAGAUACCGGCUGACGCUACACGAGAGCUUACGAAACUUACAGUGCUGGAUUUGUGCAACAACAGACUAACAGAUGCCGGUAUUAAAGGAAAGAUCCUAUCUGGCGCAAAGAGCCUCAUGCAAAUCAACAUGUGCAACAAUAAGCUCAAGUCCAUGCCAAUAGACCUUCCAGAAUCGAUCCAGCAGAUAUCACUGGAAAACAACUCAAUAUCCUCCAUACCCGAGGGCUACUUUAAGAAGACUCCCAAUCUGUUGUCCCUACGCAUGUCACACAACAAACUCAAAUCCGUUGCAUACACUGCCUUCAACUUGUCCAAACUGAUAGAGCUCCAUUUGGGCCAUAACCAGCUCUCCAAACCAUUUUUUGUCCCCAGGACCUUGGAACAUCUGUAUCUAAAUCACAAUGACUUUAAAGAUCUGAAUAUCUCUCUAAUGUGUCCAUCGCUGGACUUCGGCAACCCUAACAUGCUGACCUACAUUCGUCUCGACAACAAUAAGCUGAGAGGACCAGUGGACUACUACGCUUACAGAUGUUUCCCAAGGCUGAAAAUGAUAUUUUACGGCAACCAAAGGAAGGAUGAUGAAGAUGACUCUGAACCCAAAAAAUAUGAAAAACCCGACCGACCAAAAAGGCCUGGGGCAACAAGGCUAUCAACAUAGAUUUUUGAGAUGCGUCAUACAACUAUACUUUAUUCAAAGUACAGGAAUAAAACAGGACUUACGAUUUAAAUAUAAUUAAACAUACAUAUAUUAGUAAAUUUGAACAUUCCAUUCCUUGCUGCUUGAACAUUCUAUUUGAUUUUCUGCAUGCAUGUGUAUGCUUUGAUGGCUCUCAAUCAGCAUAAAUUUAAUUGCUAUUUACGGAAAGUUCUGAUUCAAAGUUUGCUUUGUUUUGCACAGUCACUUUUCUCUCCAUUAAUACAGUAAAAAGCAUUUAUCUACAUUAGUACAUUGCACUGCAAUGCAUGUAAAUGUAAUUAAUAAAAAAAUACUCUUUUUCUGCAAAAUUAAAUCAGAAAAAGCGAGAGUGUAAAAUUCUACUGAAGCUUAAAAGUGUAGGAUUCAGCAUAAUGCAAAAAAAAAACAAAAAAAAACAAAAAACAAUACAGCAAUGGUAUUGCAUGCAAAUAUAAUGAUAGAACAUUAGUUUACUGGAAUAAACACACCAAGAAAAGUGAAACGCAAUACAUCACCAUAAUCACAAACAAAUCCAGCUGUUUUCUGUUAAACACACUGUACAGUCAUGGCCAAAAGUAUUGGCAGACAUAUACAUUUUCGUGUUUUGCAAAGUCUCCUGCUUUAGUUUUUGUGGUAUUGAUUCACAUUGUUCCCAGAUGAUUGUGCAGAGUGAUCAGAUGCAUUUUAAAUAAUUACAAAAAGCUUCACUGGCCAGAAAAAUGAACUUUAACACAAAAACCCAAAUUUCACCUUUUUGGAACUGGCACAAAAUUACCAGCUAACAUAAUUUCACAAAUCAAAUCAUCAGCACAUGGGAAAGUGUGAACAAGUACUAGUCAGGUAAAUCACUCUAUCAUUCUGACUGGAUUAUAAGAGCAUACUGAUUAGAUCACCAUCAGUCAGGAUUUGGCCCUGAAGCUGAUAUCCAGCAUGCCAGAGCGAAUUGCAGAGGUUUUGCAUAUAUUUUUGCCAAUAAAAGCCUUUACACUUAUGAAAAGCUUAUCAUUGUUUUCCAAUAUACCAUAAGCUGCAACUUCAUGGACCCUAAUAAUCUGUCUGUAAUAGGAAUGGGCAUUUUUCAAAAUUAUUGUAUUCGAAUUUUAAAUUAAAUGAUGUUUAACGAGAAAGACUUUGGGCCCUAUCAUACACCCAGCGCAAUGUGGUUCCAGGCGUGACGCAAGUGUUUUUUGCUAGUUUCAGUCCAAUGCAGUUAUCAUCUUCACGUCCUGUGCCACAUUGUUUAAAUAGCAAAUGCAUUUGCGCACAAUUGUACGCCCAUGGGCGUGCUGGUCUCAAAGCGAAGUGUUUUCAGGUGCAUUGUUAGCGCGUUACUAUUUUUUUAAAAGCAACUGAAAUAGACUGCACCAUUGACUAACUGAAACCUGGUCUAAAGUCAAUGGAGUAAUAUUUGUUUUGUUAUUUAAAGAGUGUGUUAGUAAUGUGCCUAUAGACUAUGUGGGUGCACACCGUGCAUACCAAAUAUUAAAAAUAAAAGGAUUACAAUGUAAAAGAUUAUUAUUGUAUGCAUGAAGAUAAAAAUGCUUUGGCGGAAUCCGGCUUUUCUCGUAGAUGGUCUGCUCACACGCUUUAACCUCACACACGAGCAGACCCGUUUCCUCACGAUAGACGCGUUCAGUUUUUGCGUUUGCAAAUUCCACCAUGUAAAUAGCCAAUCCGCCACGGCACGAGCACAACUGCCAUUUAAAGGGAAUGGGAGAUUAGACUCCGAUUGGUUUAUUGCACGUUACGCCCAAAACACACCCAUGACUCAUUAAGAGAAUAGGGACAACCCUUUUAGACCAUACGCCGGGUGCGGCGACCAUUUUUUCUGUCCUUAAACUAGCAAAAGUGGACUUAGACACGCCCUAUGUGCACUUGGCGGUGCCCUUAGACCAUGCACUUAGAUCAUUAAAAUAUGGCCCAUUAUUUUUUAAUCAAAGUUUUUGUCACCAUUUCUAAACAAGCUUAGGAUUAAGCAAAAUACACAACAAGCUUACAUUAUAUAUUGAGGUUUGCUUUUAGCAACAAUAUGUUUAAACAAAAAAUAUAAAGGACAAAAGCAUUUAAGCUAGGAAAAAACGCUAAUAAAGCAGACUGCCCUAUUUAUCGUACAGAAUGUACAUAUACACUCGAGAGUCGACACAUGGUUAUCGUGUUUCUAUUGUUUCUCAUGUUCAUGUUGAGAAGAACAAUAAUAUCCAUAUGCUCGGGUGAACGUUGGCUCCACAGUCUGAUAGAAAUAGGUAAGGUCGACUGCAGAGAAAAGGCGCUACACUGACACAGACUUUGCAGGGACACAAAGAUAACAGAGCUAAGUUUCUUACAGCACUUUUCUGUUCUUAAACCAGCAUCUCCCUCAAUGAAAACUUAAAGGUAGCAUCUGAUAUCAUUUUGCCAUCAGAUAAGUUAUCUUCUCAGCUCACUCGAGGGUACAGCUGUGCUCACCUGCAGUCGUGAAUGCAGUGAUGAAGAGCUCUCUUUCCUCGUUCGACUGGUGUUUGGAUUUCAUGUGAUUUCUCAUUGUGGUGAUAAUAUUAUGAUAACUCAGUUUAAUUAAUUCAUUUGAUCAAUAUUAAUUCCAUUUUGUCAGAUCAUUUAGUGAUCAGAUACAAUCAACUUUUUAACACGCUCCACAGUGCCAUCCAGUGCAUUUACUUAUAACUGUGAGUUUUAGUUUGCGUGCUUGGGAUUUAUCAUUGAUUCACUGCAUUUACGGCCAGCAAAGCAUCAUGUAUUAAAAUUCUAAUUGUAUUUUUAUUUUUUGAAUAUGCGACUAUUCGUGCACACCCCUAGUUUGUAUUCGGACUAGUAGCACAGUCAGAACAAACAGUCACAUGCAACCAUGUCAAUCAGAAUGAAUCCAAUAUAAAUUUCAUUCGGUUUGAAAGAGGUGGUUACAUGAAUUGAAAACUGCAACUGGAAAGUUUUGUGCAUGUGCAAUGAUGUAAAAAUGGCGCAAAGACAUAGGACGCAUGGAACAAGCUGUUGUUGUUGAAGUGUCUUGACUGUUGUUGUCAUUUUAAAUUCUCCUUCUAGUCAUUGUCUGUGAAGUGCUGUAGGACAACGUCCCAACAGUCCUUGCUUCAGACUCUCAUCGACAGAUGCCUUGUUUUGGGUGUGAAAACAGGCUUUUUACUGCUUGAUAAAUAAAAGAAGCAUGGCACAAAGCUUCAUGCGCUCAUGAUCUCCUAGUCAGAACCCGAAAUAGAUAAAUAUUAAGUCUGCUUAUUAAAACAAAAAAAGAAACAAUGGUAGGAGGAUGCUAGUAAAUGGCGGGAAACUCUGUAUAUUCAUGCAGUGUUUGCAUGUCAAAACAUCAAUUCCGAUUUGAAGCAUAAAUGCGCACAUCAACUCUAUCAGUUUAUUUAGCAAUCAUUCACACUAUGUUCAUAUUCAUCAAUCAGAAUGAUUUAAUUCCGACUGAAACAAAAACAUGUGAAAAAAUAAAUCUACAAAUCCUGAUGCAGCAAACUUUGCAAAACAAAAUUUAUCUCACAGCCAAUACUUUUGGCCACGGCUGCAAUGCCAUUUUUGGCCGCUAUACUUUAAAGACUUUAAAGACAGCAUUUAUUGGAAAACGAUAGAUAUUAAAAAAACGAUAACUGAGUUUAAAGUGUGAAUAUCGAAAACUAUCAUUUAUCAAAAUCAUUGGUCAAAUAAAUUGUUCAAAUCAAUUAUUGGUCAAUCUCUACUAAUUAUAUAGAGCCUCCGUGACCAACUACCGUUCACAACCCAUGACCAAUCAAUAAUGAAAAUGUGUAGUUGUGCACAUUCUUACACUCCAGGUCUUUCGUGUGGAUGGGUUACGUUUAAAUAUUUAGAAUCCUCCAAAUCAAGUCAUGUGGUGAAGAAACCACCCUGACGGAGAAAUGUACCACAGAGGAUCAGCAUUGUAAAAACAUUUCUAAGUAUUUGGCCCCUUUCCUAGUACUGUAAAUUUUUACAGGUUGGCAUAAUUGCUAACACACCUGUAAUGUUAUUCAUUCUCAAUUUCCAUCUCUUUCUCUCAAAUUUCCAUGUUUAUUUCAAAGGGCCGAGGCGCCUUUCGUCUUGUCUUCAUGUACAAAAAUGAGAGUAAAACAGUCACAUGUUUCUUAUUAAACAUGUUUUUUCUUCACCUUGAUCUUCAAGUGUCUGCUUUAUAGAGGAGUUCUGUUUCUCUUUUAUAAUCCAUUUUAUGUUUUUAAUAAAAUGUAUCUAGGCAAACCUGUAAAUUACACAAAACAGACUGAAAAUGCUUAAUCACAGUUUGAGACGCAUAGCAAUGGACAACUAUAAUCAACAAAUUUUGGAAAAUCAGACAUUAUCUAUCCUAAUGUCCUAACAUAUAUCCCAAUUACCAUUGUCCUCCAAUUGUCUCGUUACAAAUUUCUGCAAAUCUAACCAAGACAAACUGACUGUAAAAUGUUAUCGAAACUGGAAAAGUCUUAGGAUCCCACAUGAAGCAAAAUGUAAAAUGGACAAUGUAGCAAAGGUAUAGAGAAUGCACAUCUUUAAUCAAACA